CUGGCCGCGCGUUGCCCGUGUAACAUCGCCGUGUCAUCGCUGUCCUCGCGCUUGAGAUAAACCGAAUCGUUCUCCACCUUGCAUCGUAAGGAAACCCGACCCAGUCAACGAUCCUAUCCUCUCUCGUUUCAUUUCAACGCUCCGACGCGAACAAGUGUCGUUCGGUACGCGCGGGUGCCGUGGGUAUCGUCGGGCCACUCUUGGACUUUCAACUGUGACAGUGUACCGUGCGCGUGAAUACAUGUAAUUUCACUACGUAAAGGAGGCAUUGACACUCGACUCUUCCAAGUACUCUUACGUGCUCUUUAGCCGUACGGAAUUUUAAUGUCGCGUAGUUAACACCUGGCCCGUUAACGUGUAAAACCUCGUUAGUUGGUAGCCGAGGCGAACCGGUCUUUCCCGCGAUUCGUCGCUCGCUUAAGGUGUGGCGCGAAAAGAAAAGGUGACAGGGAGCGAGCGAGACAGUGGGACCGUUCCUCUGCCCUAUUUCCGCGAUGCUCAAGGUUGAGGAAACCCUUUACGUGUCCCCGCCGAUGUUGCCAUGAGAGUGAACAUGAAAAAGGGAGCGGCUGUCUUCGAACGAUCAGCGUCUUUCACAGUGGACAGAGGAUAAAUAACUGCCGGCGAAAUGUUGAUAAAGGAGUAUCGGAUACCCAUACCGCUCACCGUGGAGGAGUAUAGAAUCGCUCAACUUUACAUGAUAGCGAAAAAAUCUAGAGAGGAAAGUCAAGGAGCCGGGAGCGGGGUAGAGAUCAUAGUGAACGAGCCUUACAGUAAUGGCCCGGGUGGGAACGGGCAGUACACCCACAAGAUAUUUCACGUGGGCAGACAUCUGCCUGACUGGUUGAAGAGCCUGUUGCCUAGGUCCGCGCUGAUUGCCAAGGAAGAAGGGUGGAACGCUUAUCCCUACACGAAAACUCGUUACACUUGCCCCUUCGUCGAGAAGUUCUCCAUAGAGAUAGAAACGUACUAUUUCCCUGACAAUGGGUAUCAAGAGAACGUCUUCAAGCUCAGCGGCAGCGAUCUCAGAAACAGAGUCGUCGAUGUCAUCGACAUCGUGAAGGAUCAGUAUACGGCCGAAUACGUGAAAGAGGAGGACCCUACACUGUACGUCUCGCAGAAGACUAACCGAGGGCCACUCACGGAAUCAUGGCUGGAGGAAUACUGGGCCGACGUGAAAGGGAAGCAACAGCCGACACCUUCCGGGAAGUCGUUGAUGUGCGCGUACAAGCUGUGCCGCGUGGAGUUCCGUUAUUGGGGCGUGCAGACGAAAUUAGAGAAAUUCAUAGACGACGUAGCCUUGCGGAAAACUAUGGUCACAGCCCAUAGGCAAGCUUGGGCCUGGCAGGACGAGUGGCACGGUUUGACCAUGGAGGACAUCCGGGAAAUCGAGCGGCAAACACAACUGGCACUGCAGAAGAGGAUGGCCAACGCGGAAAGCGGUGAGGAAACCACAAAUGAGAACCAGGAAACAACGACGUCCGUUAACGCCACGACUCCGCAAGAAUCCGAUGUUGCCAUGACGCUAGCCGCGACUCUGGGUAGCAUAGAGAAGAACGAGGAUCCCCAGAGCCCUCCGAGCCUUCGAAAAUCGUCAGAAAUGGGCAACACGGCUGCUAGUUCAGAAGGUGAAGCUAGUCCCGAGGAUUCGCCAACCGAGAUACCCGAGCUCAGGAACCCUCCUAUCGACGAAAAGGGAGACGUGAAGAAGGGAUGGAGGAAGAACAAACCGGCGUUGAAUUCGCCUUCUUCCAGCAAGAGUUUCGACAUGCAGUUCGCUAACUGGCGGAUCGAAAGCAUCGUGAGGGAGUCCGAGUCCGGCAGUGAUGAUGAGUUCUUCGAUUGCCAAGCUGGGUUCAUUAUACCUAUUAUACGCGAAGAGGACUUUGGAGAUAACUCUUCAUUAGCUAAAUGGAGUUCUUUGGAUCUUCUAGCAGAAGAGGAUGACAAUACGUUCACUCUGUCUACCACCGCGAACAGGGAAGACGACACGAUAUUUUCACCUUCGUAUCUCCAACGCAUGGCUAGUGAACGUAGCAGUAAACGGUUGCAAAUCUCCACUUCGGCCAGCAUCGAUGCCUCGUGCCCAGCAUCGCCGCAGCACUCGCCCACUCAUCAACCUUGUAAAACUACUGUCCUUCUUAUCGUGAUGCAUGCCGGAAGUGUACUAGAUGCCAACGUCGAAUUGACGGCGAAGAAAUCGGACAUUACGACGUUCAAAGGAGCCUUCGAAUCGGUCAUGCGGCAACAUUAUCCUAGCAUGGUCGGUCACGUUGCCAUCAGAUUCGUUUCCUGUCCGUCGAUCUGCACCGAGGGUCUCGGUAUUCUAUCGAGUUUAAGUCCCUACAGUUUCGACGUGUCACCUUGCACCACGGACGCACCUCCGGUGACACAUGAUACCAUACCCAUCGGUGCCAUACCGUUGUUUGCCAGUUCUACCACCGAAUACCAAGAGGCGGUGUCGCGAGUCAUAGCCGGGGCGAAUCAAGUUCAUCACGAUUUCAUCAGGAGCGAGGAGGGUCGCGGUUUCAUGGGUCAGAUCUGUCUCGUCGGCGACUCGGUAGGAGCCAUUCUAACAUACGACGCUCUGUGCAGAUCGACUUCUUCUAGGCAUAACAGCGAGAACAAUAUAUUGGAUAAUCAUGGUAUCGAAAAUAACACCGAGGACGGCAGACAUUUGACCGCGCCUUCUCCCAGACGAAAAUCUUCUAGUUUAAGUGAUAGCUCACACAACAGAUUGGACUUCGAAGUAGGAGAUUUCUUCAUGUUUGGUAGCCCGCUCGCUCUGGUCCUGGCAUACAGGAAAAUCUCUUCGGACAAGUCUCUGAACAUUAUGAGGCCGUUAGUGAAUCAGAUGUACAACUUGUUCCAUCCUACCGAUCCAGUGGCGGCUAGAUUGGAGCCGUUGAUCUCGGCGAGAUUCUCUCUUCUUCCACCCGUGAACAUAGCUCGGUACCAGAAGUAUCCAUUAGGAAACGGUCAGCCCUAUCACUUGCUGGAAGCAAUACAAUCGAAUCCUCAAUUAUUUACGGACGGAUUAAACAUUCCGAACAUAUCGAUACCUCAGCUGAGACGGCUGUCCGAUAUAUCGAUUCACAGUACAAUGUCUGGUAUGGUCGAAAACGUUCCUUUGCAAGUAGUAUCGAAUUUGACGCAGAAGUGGUGGGGUACGAAGAGAUUAGAUUACGCUCUCUAUUGCCCGGAGGGAUUAGCAAAUUUCCCUACAAACGCUUUACCUCAUCUUUUUCACGCUAGCUAUUGGGAAUCCUCCGACGUUAUCGCAUUUAUUUUACGACAAUUAGGCGGGUUCGAUCAGCCAUUGCUUACAAACGAGGAGAAAGGAUUAACGUGCUUCCGUCCAGGUCAACCUAGAGAAAAGUGGAAUAAGAAACGUACUUCUGUUAAAAUUAAGAACGGCGCUGCCAAUCAUAGAGCGAAUGACGUAAUCGUUAGGGAGGGUGCACCGCAAGUGUUGGUCGCUAGAUUUAUGUACGGUCCAAUCGACGUUAUCGCUUUAACAGGCGAGAAAGUAGACAUUCAUAUUAUGAAGGAGGCAGGGGAAUGGACGUAUUUAUCAACCGAAGUAACUGAUAAGAAUGGUAGAAUAACGUACAAAAUACCUGACGAUAAAGCACUAGGAUACGGACUCUAUCCAGUUAAAAUGAUCGUCAGGGGCGAUCAUACAUCAGUAGAUUUCUUCUUGGCUGUGAUUCCACCGAAGACAGAGUGUGUGGUAUUUAGCAUAGACGGAUCCUUCACUGCGAGUAUGUCCGUUAGUGGGAAGGAUCCAAAAGUUAGAGCCGGAGCUGUCGAUGUCGUCAGGCAUUGGCAGGAACUGGGAUACUUGAUUAUUUACAUUACCGCGAGGCCUGACAUGCAACAACAGAAAGUCGUGUCUUGGUUGUCCCAACACAACUUCCCUCACGGCCUCGUGUCCUUUGCUGACGGUCUUUCGACGGACCCCCUGGGCCACAAAGCCGCGUACUUAAACAAGCUCGUUCAGGAACACGGUGUGAUAAUCCACCACGCGUACGGUAGUAGCAAAGAUAUUAGCGUUUAUUCCGCGAUUAAUCUUAAGCCGAAUCAGAUCUUCAUCAUUGGGAAAGUGUCGAAGAAGCAUCACGCGUUAGCGACAAUCCUACAUGAGGGAUACGCGGCUCACUUGAGCGCGCUUCAGGCGCACGGAGGCUCGAGGCCUGCUCAGGGUAAUGCGCGUAUGGUGAUACCGCGAGGUCAGUUCGGUUUACCCGGGCAAAACGCUUCACUUCGGCGGCGAAGCUCUUUUAGGGUGGCGAAGCGUGCAAUAUCGCAACCGGCCCCGGAGAAAAUAUUAUAUCCCUUGGAACGAUCGACGAGCGUCGGGCCGGGUCCGAUCUCACCAUCUACCGCACAGAAUGCCAGGACCACGGCACCGGAGAAACUCUGACGGUUCGCUCGAUGCCGGUCGUUCUUCGAAUCCCGGCGUUAAGUAGUCACUAUCUCGAUCCAGGGAUCUCAAACCCGGGCCUGAUAGAGAUAUACCGUAUAUUUCGAGACGAGGAGGGUUGCAGAUAAACGAUUAAACACUUAGUUUAAUUGAACAUCAAUUGACAAUUGAAUUUUAAUUCUUAAUUAAAAAUUCUGCAACUCGACGAGAGAACUACUUUGGUUGAAAAUGAAAGUGGCAAUCGUUUUCUUUGGCCGUUAACAGAGACGCGAGUUUGAGAUGACUGGUUCGACCCAGCAUAGUUUAAAGUGCGCAAAUAGGAGACAGCACGUGGAACAAGUCCUCGUGCAUCGUACACGUGCUCAAUACAAUCUACAGAAGAUAAUUCUACUUUGUUACUCCAUCUUUUUAUACACCCUCCGUGUAAAUUUUUAAACGCUAUUCUAGUCACAUCCGUAUCGCAUUGUAUACAACUGUAUAUGUAGAGAUCCCUGACCCGACGUUCCCAACGAAGAAAGUAGAGCUUGAACGUACGAGGACUCGCUCUUACGUCUGUCUCGCGGCUACCGUUUCAAGCGAUUCGUUUCUUCUGAGAGCUGUUUUUCUAGCGAUCGAGCACGAUCAAAAUUUUUGAUAACGUAGUUCGAGACGUAUGAAUCUAGUUCAAUCAAAUUCUGUAAAUCGUCCGUUUAGGAAGAGAAAAAGCCUAGGAAAAACGCUCUUCGUUUCAGAUCCCCACUGUUCAGUUUCGGGACGAUCCCCGCGGACCGUAUGUGUGUACAAUCAUCCUUUACUUAAAAAGUUAGUCGAACGAUAUCGUUGCUCUUUUCCCAAAGAGUACAGAUUAAUUAAAACCUGUUACCUGAAUCUCUUCGUUACUUGUUAAGAGAAAACUAACAAAUCGUUACAGUAAUCGUUACCAUUAACUAGUCUGUAUACAUAUAUGUACAUAUACGAGCGCCCUAAGUAAUUCUAACUGCUGCAUUGUCGAAAGCAAAGUUCCUUCGGUGCUUACGUUAUUAUUUUUCAACUACGCAGAGAACUCCGAUAAACGUGAAGAAUAGGCGAAAAACAUUUUCCUUUAAAUCGCUACGUGUAAAUAUGACGAAGUGUACAUACGAGUAUCGCUGGGAUAUUGUUCAUGGAUAAUCUUUAGGUCGUACACGCGGAUUAAUUUAUCGAACUACGUAUAGCUGCUCCGCGAGCUCCGUCGCCGAAAGUACUUCCAGAUGAUAAUAAAAAGUACAUAGCUUCUCCGGCGCAGAGUGCAUAUAUUCUAGCUCGAUAACGUCGAUUAUGCGCUUAAAUAUUUGUGAUUAGACGUGGUUAAUUAAUCGUAUAUCCAAAUACAUCUAAUUUUCUAACCGGCAAUGGGAAUCGUUGCCAAGCUUGAUAUACUAUAAUAUACAUAUAUCGUUACAAUCAA